AUGCGUCUACUCAAGGUCGCCUCUGUCGACUCCCCUCAGGGUCUGGAGAUGGUCGAUUUCAGCCCCAACAAUGUUCCUCCCUAUGCCAUUCUGUCUCAUACCUGGACCGACGACGAGGUCAUCUACACAGACGUUGUUUCCAAUAAUGCCAAACAAAAGAGCUCAUAUCACAAAAUUGAAUAUACCUGUCGGCAAGCGAUCGCCGACGGCUACGAGUAUGCUUGGGCCGACAACUGUUGCAUCGACAAGCGCAGCAGUGCAGAGUUGUCAGAAUCGAUCAACUCCAUGUUUGAAUGGUAUAGUAAGGCCGAGAGAUGCUAUGCAUACCUAACAGACUGCCCUGGAGAUGUCGACACGACUACGCUCGACUCUGAGUUUACCAGCAGUCGAUGGUUCACAAGAGGAUGGACACUGCAAGAGUUAGUGGCACCCAAAGACCUCAUCUUCUAUGGUGAGAACUGGGUUCUCAUCGGGGAAAAGAGAACAUUGAGCCAAACUCUAUCAUCGAUCACAGGCAUAGACGAAGAUAUCUUGAUAAAUAUCCGUCCGAUCCAGUCGGCAAGCGUCGCAAAGAGAAUGUCCUGGGCAGCCUCACGUGAGACGACGCGACCUGAGGACGUCGCUUACUCCCUCAUGGGGCUUUUCAACGUCAACAUGCCGAUGCUAUACGGAGAAGGAGACAGAGCGUUUCUCCGACUACAAGAAGAAAUCAUGAAGCAAUCCGACGACCAGUCAAUCUUUGCCUGGACAGACCGAGAUGCCUCUCCAGAUGCACAUCACGGUCUCCUCGCCAAAUCGCCCACCAACUUUCAAUUCUCCAACUCGGUCGUCCCUUACGAAGACUGGGAGCCGAGAACCCCAUAUUCAAUGUCCAACAGAGGCCUUCGCAUUGAUCUUCACCUCACUCGACAAGACGGCGAUCUCUUCGUCGCUGCCAUCGAUUGCCCUUCCCCAAAGGACUAUGAGAACAACAGCUUCCUAGCACUCUACCUACGGAAGGUUUCAGAGGGUGACGAGCAGUAUGCACGUGUCCGAGUCGGUCAGUUUGCCCAGGUCAAUGAGCGAGGCAACCUUCGCUCGAUAUACGUCAGGCAAGAUCCCCAACAAUCUCCAGUCGAGGGGGUGUUUCCAACUCACGUUCUCCAACUACGUAAAGGCCCUGAUCCGACCGCAUACGGUGUAACAAGAAUCCUAUCCUCGCCCGGAAGCGUACUUGGCGAUUUUGAAGCCGUCACUUCAUCCAGAGCAUCGCCGCGUGCGUGGCUCUCCCAAAAAUGGACAACCACAUACCGACUCAACAAGGCAGCCGGCCAAGCAUCCGUGGGAAUAGUUUUCAGACGUGACGACAAGGAGCGACUGCUGGUGAUGCUCGGAUCAGCCCCAGGACUAAAGGUUGCGUUUCACGCAAUGGAGCUGCCCAUGUCCGUAACCGCAGAAGGCGAGGAGAAAGGGAUCACACCGGCAUUUGAAGAGAUGCAGCCAUUAUUUCAGCCCAAGCUUUGUGGGGAGCAUAUCUUGCUCGACUACCACAGGAUUCGAGUCGAUGCACAACCAAUGGUACACAAAUCGUCCAAAUACUACUUGAUCGACAUCCAGAUCGAGGUGGUCAGAGAGUCGUCGCGGUUCCUGGAGGCUUGGGAGACCAUCAAACGCGCAGAAAGAGCCAUACAGGCGGAAAUACAGGCCAAGAACAUGGAUCAGCGGGAGGGGAAGCAUGCAAAUAAGAAGGGGUGGCGCAGGUUGCUAUCUCAGUGA